UAAGCUUCCUUCUCACUGAAGUCCGUACCGAGCAUCUUCAGUAGCAGAUGUUGCUCUUACCUUUUUACGAAAAUAGCCGUCUGACCCCCUGUGCAACCUACUCAAUGCCGCUAAGCUAUGACACAGUCAGCGGAUCCUCCAGGCGGAAUCCACACGCAUCAACGACGACAGCCUCGCGCAGAACACCAACAGACCGAACACAACUCUUCCGCACUAUGCUUAACGCACUUGCUUGUUUGGCACCUUCAAGCAUCGUCGCACGGGACUAGCACGCCUUCCGAGCCGCGACGAGCCGAUCAGCAAUGCAGAAUACCAAUGAGCGGUCCGGAGAUGCCACAGCCAUACCCGGUGCCUUCAGAGCCGGCUCAUCAUCAUGCUAUGAUCGCCAACGUCGGACACCUACAGCAUGUGUCAGAAAGAUGAGGAUCGCCCGAGCGUUUCCUAGCCUCACAUGCCUCAUAACCCGCUGUCUGUCCUUGUUUCCCCUUCCGUGUUUUCUCUCUCUCUCUCCCUUCUCUCCUCCCAAACUCGUCUCAAUCAGCGGUUGUCGUGUCAUUGACGC